CCAGGAAAUGACGAACAUUGCUCCUUUCAACCAAUUACCUAUAACAGAAGAUUUUGAAGCUUCUGGACUAGAAGUAGUAAAAUAUACUAAUUCCAUAAAUUCUCCUUAUUUUAUGGGUUCUGUUUCAAAAAGUAUUGACUUUCAGCAGGAAAAAAGUGAUAAAAAAUUAUUUCUUAUCAAUAGGCGUUUCGCUUUUUUGCCAAAAGGAACUUCUCCUAUAAUCGAUAACAUGGCAGAAAUUAAUGAGGAAAUGUGCGAACAAAAUAUUCAACAUAAUAUUUCCAUGAAUUGCAACUCUAGUAUUAAAUUUGGCAUUGAUAGGAGUUUCAAAGACUUACAAAUUCUAACAAAACAAAAUCUGCACACGUACGAGACAAAAGUGCAUAAAGCUAAUAAUUAUGAAUUGUUGACCCAUCGAUCAUAUCGUCUGUUGCAACGGAUUUCAUUUAACAGCAGUCUUUUUGAAAAAAUACAGGUAUUAGGACAGCUCGAUAAUAAAUUUAUUGUAUGUUUGUUAUACAACAAAAGCACAGUUGCAGCAGAUACCAAAGUUUUAGCUCUGUUUGAUCAACACGCUGUUCAUGAGAGAAUCAGAGUGGAAAAACUUAUCGAUGAUUACACAGAUAAAACUAAUAAAAUAUUAUUGUCCUGCGAAUUACGAACAAGUUUGGAAGUAGAAUUAAUAGAGCAGCAUCUCAUGGUUUUGGAAAACUUUUCCGAGAAUUUCAAAAAAUUAGGAUUUCACUGGAACUUAAAUAUCGAUAAAAAAGUUGCAGGAUUCAAUCGUGUGCCCUUGUGCCUGUACAGGACUAUUCGCAAUAAAUCCACCAACGCGUUUAUUUCUAUAGUGAAAUCUGUUCUUUGGGAUCAAUAUCACGCCAUUUUCAAGACUGGAGCAAUUCAUUGCGGAAUUUCGAAACCUUUAAUUGACAUAAUAAAUACAGAAGCGUGCAGAGGGGCUAUAAAAUUCAAUGAGGCAAUUUCUAUGGAGAAAUGUAUGGAAUUAAUUUCGGAUCUGGCGGGACGGCGAUCACCUUUUAUUUGUGCUCACGGCAGAUCUAAUAUGGCAACGCUCGCUUGCGUUGACAGAUGUCCUUUGAAUUUGAUUUCAAAACCAAAAUUGCAGAGAUUAAAGCAACUAGAAAUGAAACUGCAGGAAUAAAAUAUUUUCCAGUAUUAGGCCUUCAUGAAUUUUUAAAAUGAUUUUUUAAUCAAUGCAUAAAUACAUG